AUGGCGCAUCUGUCGCGGCGCGCGCUGCUCUUCCUCUGCUUGGCUUUUCCAUGCCAUGGAGCCGAAAGCAUGAAGAACAGAGGGAUUCGACAGAAAGAGACGGAUUACUUCGACAAAUACAGCACCUGCAUGCAGGGUCCACCGGGCAUGCGUCGAGAAGGAAACCCGGGAGUGAACGGAAUUCCGGGAACGCCUGGAGUCCCAGGGCGAGACGGUGCCAAGGGAGAAAAGGGAGAGUGUGUGAGCGAGAGGUUCGAGGCGUGGAUACCUAACUACAAGCAGUGCGCCUGGAACUCGCUCAACUACGGCAUCGACCUGGCAAAAUCGCAGUGAUGUACGUUCACCAAACGGCGCUCAGACAGCUCCCUGCGUGUCCUCUUCAGCGGCUCGCUCCGGCUCAAGUGUAAGACGGCCUGCUGCCAGCGCUGGUACUUCACCUUUAACGGAGCCGAAUGUUCCGGUCCGCUACCCAUCGAGUCCAUCGUUUACCUGGACCAAGGGAGCCCCGAGUUCAACUCCACCAUCAACAUCCACGCACCACUGGAAGGUCUGUGCGAGGGCGUCCGAGCCGGCCUCGUGGAUGUGGCCAUCUGGGUGGGCACGUGCGGUGAUUACCCACACGGCGACGCCUCCACAGGUUGGAACUCCGUCUCCAGGGUGAUCAUCGAGGAGCUACCGAAAUGACCUCUGACCUCAAAAACACAUUUGGCAUCUCCUCGGAUGGAGUCCAUGACUGAAAUGGAGACCAACGUUCCUUUCAUUAGUGUUACUGUAUUAUAGGGAAAAAAAAACCCUCAAGUACUGUAGAAACAUCAUGUUUUUUAAUCACAUCUUUUACAUAUUUUUAUAUUUUAUACAGUUUGUGCGUUUUAAUUUUUUUUUUUUUUUCAAAUUCUUGUCAAAGAACCUCCCAUCUCAAAGUAUACCAGUACCUCUCUGCUUUAUCAUUAUCACUAUCAGUUAUGGAGAAAAUAAAGAUGUUGAGAAUCCAGAAUUUUUCAGACUUUCAAUAAAUAA